GCAGCCACGCUUUGGCUUUCAUGAAUCACUCACACAUUUAUUAUUCGGCUUUACUAAAAUCACUCUCGUUUUUUUAAGUGGAUGAUACGAAUAAUAUAAUUUGAUAGGCGAAAAGAAAACUAAAAGUGGAUUUGUUGCCAAUAAGUCGACGUAAAACAAAGUAGCCGCUCGCGCGCAGUGGUGGAGUUCUCAAUUAUUGUAACUUUUUAUGUUUUGUUUUUCUCCAAAGAACGAGAGCUUCACGCUUUUAGGCGCACGGUGCGUUGAAAAAUAACUAUUUACAGAAACAUAUAAAAUUGAAUAUUUUUUAUUAUUGUGGUUGGUUGCCUUAUGACAGUGAUUAUCCGGGGGCAACGUCAAACGGCUUUAUAGCGUCAACCCACCCUGGAUGGAGCAAUCCGGUUAACUUUAUAGCAAUAGCAAAGCUCUGUUUGUCGGCUAACUGUCAUCGUCCCGGUUAGUGUGAGCUGGAUAUCCCGCCACGGCACUAUGGGCUGCGGGUUGAGGAAACUGGACGACCCAGAGGACAGUAGCCCCGGGAAGAUAUACUCCACUCUGAAGAGACCGCAAGUGGAGACCAUAACAGACACCGUUUACGAGUAUGUGCUACUGGACUUCAGUUUGGAAGGUAGUCGCCCCACUGUGCAGUAUAUGUCCUCUCUGUGUGAGCUGCCACAGGCCCUGCAGCCCUACUACAUCCAGGGCUAUGUCCUCACCACCCUGCAUCCCAUUAUCCUCUCUGUUGGACGCACACGCUCCCUGCCCUUCAGCCUGCUCUACCGAGCCAUCCUCACCCGCCCACGACCCAGCAAGCAGGCGGUGUCCAUGUGUCACAGUGUUCCGGUGUUGAGGGUGGAGGAGUGGCCUAUCACAGGACAGUCUCUGACGGGUGACAAUGUUAGAGCACUGAUUGACAGGGUGAACAGUUGUGCCCAGGGGGGCGUGAGGUUUGUGGGCUCGGUGCUCCAGCCGGCUGGAGGAGGGGCCAGUAACGAUAGGAUGCCUAGCCCCAGGAGGGGCUGCCGAUCACUCCCACGCACUCCUCCAUGUACCCCUCCUGGUGAUGGAGACACAGACCUGGAGGAGCACAGCCCUACCAACAGCCCUGACCUGAGGUUGCUGGUGUUUUUCCACUCGUGGGCACCAGGCUGUGCUCCUCUGGACGCUCUGGCCUGCCAGUACCACCAGGGGGCGUUGUCCAUGCGCGUGUCCAGGAAGGGUCCGAUGGUCAGCUCGCUGGAGGCCGAUUGGCUGGAGCUGACUGCAGCUUACUACCGCAAAGGCUGGUCAUUGGUGGACUCGUUUGUGUACUGGGACACACCCAAAGGUGAGCCUGUGCCCAGGUCACUAGAGGGACUGUUUGUCUAUGAGGAGAGAAGCACUGCCCCUCCUGCCAAUGACACUAUCGUAGUGGAGCAGUGGACCGUCAUUGAGGGUUCUGAUGUGAAGACAGAUUACGGGCCACUCCUUCACACACUGGCUGAGUUCGGCUGGCUGCUCACCUGUGUCCUGCCCACACAUAUCAUCCGCCAUGACAGUGAUGGUAACCUGGCAACCAAGCAUGUGGUGUUCCUACAGAGACCAAUCAAGACCUCUUCAAUACCACAGAGGAACCAUGCCGGGUCCAUUCAGAGCGACGUGUUCACUGGCUCUGUGAGUCGAGGUGUGGGCAGCCCCCUAACACCCCCCAAUGUGGAGUUGUCCCCCACCGCUGGGGGUAUCGGGGGGUUCCCUGUCUUCGGAGGGGGAUACCCCAGCACCUUGUCCCACCUAGAGGGGGGCUUCGAGCAUGAUGACGGGGCGGCAGAGGUGACCUGCAUGUGACCCCUGAAAUGGACAUAUAUAUAUAUAUAUACACCCCCAUCUAUCCCUCUAAUCGCUUCCCUAACCAAGAAGACUAGAAAAGCAAAACUUGGCAGUUUUUUUAAAUUAUGAAGUGUUAUUUUUAUACAUUUUGUUGAGAAAAGCAAGCUGUCGAGACACCUUUGUUCGUACCCUCACACAUAUGCACUUAACAGUCCAGAUUCACACAGCACCUUUUUCAUAUGAGAAAGAACACACACACAACUGUGACCAGCAGAAAGCACAGGACAUCUCCACAAUGACCGGGAGAACCAGGAAGAAGCUUCCAUGCAGACACACACAGACCACUGGAUUGUACUCUGACCAACUACACACCUGGUUGUUGGAACGUGUCCCCACGUUUUGGGACCCCCUCCCCCAGAACUGCCAACACCUCCGUUCAAUACAACUUUAAUCUCAUCCUCUGACGUGUAACAUCACACCUACUCUGGCACAUGGUGACACGGGCCAGAAGCACAGCUACAUUGGGUUGAAUACAUUGUAGUGCAGCUGACGAGGUAUUCCCUUUCCUGCUCCUCUCCCCGGUUGUCUCAAACACACCCAGCUGGAAGGAAACGUACCAGGCGGACAAAUACACACUCGCUGUCCAGGGCCUUGCAGCAUUCAGCAAUAUUAUUCAGACAUCUUCCUGUGAUAGUUAUCAAACUAGGGCUGUUUUAGUUCAGGCCUGGAGAAGAUUAUUUGCACAGUAAUUGCAUGGGUGAGUUUUAUUUCCACAUACCAGACUGCCAAGCCACAGGGUUGCCUGGGAAUGAAUUGAUAACAUACUGAACCUUCUCUAGAUAUGUACAUUAGGGCUAUACAUGUAUUGUCUGAUUGUUCACAAUGUCAUCAUUAGUGUGCAUUUUUAUUCAUUGGCAUCAGAUUCUAUUCCUGCACCUAUUGUCAUUAGAAAUAGCUGGUAGUUAUUAUUUUAUGGUACUGGUUAUCAUGCCUCAAUUGUUUUCAUUCUGCCCAGUGAUGAUUCCUUUCCUCAGUUCUUCAGACAAAGGCCCUAUUGUGUUACUAAGGGAGAUGACAUUUGUUUAAUACUACUAUUAAAGUAUUUAUAUAAGAGAACACCACAAUGAUGGACAUUUGUAGUUAUACAAUACAGGUUUAUGAGCCCCCUUGUUUUGGGGGAUGGUGAAACAAAUCAGUGUUAUUUGAGAAUUUGUAAUAUUUUGUUUCCUUUUGUCAUCAGUGUUUAUUUCUCCUUAUUCAGCUGUGUCCACUUUAGAAAAACACAUGCCCAUGAUUUCCUCACAUUUACUGACCAAUUAUUUACUUUUAAAGCACUAGGCUAAAAAGGAGAGGCCAUGGACAGGACAAGUUCAUUCUUGACGGUUCCAGCAGUGACCCCACACUCACAUCUGCCUUCAUCCAGGUGUUGAGAGGUGUACACCUCAAAUGUUCCCAUGACUUUUACAAGCUGAAUGUUUUAAAAUAAAGUCAUAACAGAUGGGGCCAAAUUAUACAUAAAGGGAUUCUUUGGGGGGGGGGUCAACAACGGGGUAAUGGUAUUUUUUUAUUAAGACAAAUGUCGACAGUAACAAAAUGUAAUUAUUUAAAGGAAAAUAAAAAGUGGGGCGGAUAGACAAGACUCCUCCCACAAAAUAACUUAAUGAUGAGAGCGGUGUGUACUCAGAGCAACACAAGCAUAGAGGGCUUCUGAACCACAAAUGGACCCCUAGCCUCUCUAAACCUUAGCAUUAUGGUCAUAGCUUCAUCUUGCCUCCAAAUGGGUUUCCUGGAAAUGUCUGCAUAUUCUUCCAGCUAUCCAAGCCUCAGAUCUACAGGAGUGGCAAGGAGUCUAUUUGGAAUUCAAUGAGAGAGAACAAAAGCAACGCGGAGAAAGCAAAGCACCAGCAAACACAUGAUAGUGGGGGGUGGGACAGCAGGGGUUAUAUACAGGGAGCCCAUAAGGGUGUGCCUUUGCCAUCAACACAUUAUGGUUAAAUGUAUGUUUUGUAAAUCUAGCUGCUCAAAAGGUUCAAUUAACAUUCCCCACAGAGUAGUGGGUCUGGCUAGUGUGUAGCUGCAUCAGA